CUCUGAAGGAUAUUUAAGGCUUACACGCAGAUUGCUGCAGAUACACUCGGGUAGUAGUUCCUUCAGUCUAAGACUGGUGUUUGUUUUGGGAAGGUCAUUACCGUUCUUUCCCUAUCUACCUUCUUCUUUUUGCUACCCUGAUUUUAUUUGACUUCUUUUGCAUCCUCUCCCACUACCCCCCUCUUCACUUUUUUUUCCUCUUCUUUUUUGCUUUGAGCUGAAUCAGCUUAGGAAAACACACAGCCCAGCGUGUGUUGAAAACACCAAAAAAGCUAAUUAUUAAUAAAAAUUGGGAAAAAGUCUCGCAACAGGUCGGACUGGUCAACAUCGGAUGCGAGCUAAAGCCGGGUCUCUUUUGGGCAAUCCUUGCUCGCCAGGCGCAGGGACUCCUGCAGUCCUUGGUGGCCAUCUACGCUGCUGGCCACUCUCGGGACAUUUUGGCCAAGGGGUACUUAGAGUGGAUCAAGAAGUCCUGUGGGACUUGGUGUCCUUUAGAAUUUUUCCUCCCACCACAGCCCUCUCCUGCCGGGGCUGAGGGUGCUUUUGGCUCAUUGCUGGGUGGGGUGAGCUAGGAAAAGGAUGCAGUUUCUGGGCUCUGAGACAAUCUGAGCUGAGGACCAUUUAUUCUCCUCUCCCCACCUCUGUGGUUCAGCAAACUAGCACUGCAAACUCGAUCUGAACUUUGGUGGAAUCCAUCCUUUCCCUUUGUAUUUUAUUUUUGUUCUUAUAUUUUCAAAUUACUCGUGAAGGCCGGAGUGAAAAAUCAGACAAGACAAAAAUCCCCACCAUCAUGCUGGGGAAGAACCAAAUAGUGAAGGGAGAACAUGAUGGGGCCGAAAAACCCAGCUCCUCUCCGGGACAGCGCUGCCUCAGGAUUGUAGCCCCCUGCUCCCUACUGCCAAUUGUGCUGUCCUUGAUGUGUAUGAUUGCCUGCCUGUACCUGGGGGUGAAAACCAACGACCUACAAACAAGGAUUUCGGCCAUCGAGGCAGCCAAAGGGGAACUUCCUUAUCAGCUUCUGCCGGCUUCAUUGGAUCAAAUGGAAGCAGUGAUGCAAGAAAAAAUAGAACGACUUCUGUCUCAGAGAUCCUAUGAGCAUUUGGCUAAAGUAAGAAUCGUCAGAGAAUCACCUCUAGAGUGUAACUGUCCAGCAGGACCUCCUGGGAAACGUGGUAAAAGGGGCAGAAGAGGAGAAUCUGGUCCUCCUGGUCAGCCAGGUCCACAGGGCCCUCCUGGUCCCAAAGGUGACAAGGGAGAUCAAGGGGAUCAGGGCCCUCGGAUGGUGUUUCCUAAAAUCAAUCAUGGGUUUCUCUCUGCUGAUCAGCAGCUCAUUAAACGCCGCCUCAUUAAGGGUGACCAAGGACAAGCUGGGCCUCCUGGACCUCCUGGCCCACCAGGACCCAGAGGGCCUCCUGGGGACACAGGGAAAGAUGGUCCCCGGGGGAUGCCAGGAGUACCUGGUGAACCAGGAAAACCAGGAGAACAAGGCUUAAUGGGACCUCAAGGGCCUCCAGGACAAAAGGGUUCUAUUGGAGCACCUGGAACUCCAGGAAUGGAUGGAAAAACGGGUGAACCUGGCUUACCUGGAACAGUGGGGCAGAAUGGAACACCUGGGCUUAAGGGUGAUGCUGGAGAGCGAGGAGAAAAGGGAGAUGCUGGAGAGAGUGGACCCAAAGGCGACACGGGUGAAAAGGGUGAUCCUGGAUCUUCUGCUGCAGGAAUUAAGGGAGAACCUGGAGAAUCUGGUCAUCCAGGACAAAAGGGUGAACCAGGGCUGCCUGGGCUGCCUGGACUUCCGGGGAUAAAGGGAGAACCAGGUUUCAUUGGUCCACAGGGAGAACCAGGGUUACCAGGGUUACCUGGAACAAAGGGUGAACGUGGAGAGGCUGGAUCUCCUGGGAGAGGUGAGCGAGGUGAACCUGGAGUCCCUGGACCAAAGGGGAAACAAGGUGAAUCAGGAGUUAGAGGUCCCAAAGGGUCAAAGGGUGAUCGUGGAGACAAAGGUGACUCUGGAGCUCUGGGAUCAAGAGGUCCACCUGGGCAAAAGGGAGAUCCAGGAGCAACAGAAAUCAUAGACUACAAUGGCAAUAUUCAUGAGGCCUUGCAGAGGAUUACCACCUUAACUGUCACGGGACCCCCAGGACCUCCUGGACCACAAGGAUUGCAGGGACCAAAGGGUGAGCCAGGAUCUCCAGGAACACCAGGAGUCGAUGGUGAACAGGGCCCUAAAGGCUCAAAAGGAGACAUGGGAGAUUCAGGUCAGCCAGGUGAAAAGGGAGGAAUUGGACUUCCUGGAUUACCAGGUGCCAAUGGCAUGAAAGGAGAAAAAGGAGAUUCUGGUUUACCGGGUCCUCAGGGGCCUUCUAUCAUCGGCCCACCAGGUCCCCCAGGCCCCCAUGGUCCACCAGGCCCAAUGGGACCCCAUGGACUUCCUGGGCCAAAGGGAGCAUCUGGCUUAGACGGAAAGCCAGGAUCCCGGGGUACAGAUGGCCCUAUUGGACCCCAUGGACCUGCAGGUCCUAAAGGAGAAAGAGGUGAAAAGGGAGCUGUUGGAGAGCCUGGACCCAGAGGAACUUAUGGUUUGCCUGGGAAGGAUGGAGAACCUGGUCUUGAUGGUUUUCCUGGUCCUCGAGGAGAAAAGGGUGAUUUAGGAGAGAAAGGAGAAAAGGGAUUCCGUGGAGUUAAGGGGGAAAAAGGGGAGCCAGGUCAGCCUGGCCUGGAUGGGCUGGAUGCCCCUUGCCAAUUGGGGCCGGAUGGAUUACCAAUGCCUGGGUGCUGGCAAAAGUGAUGAAUCUAAUCUUACAAGCAUGAAGUUGUGUAUAUAAUGCUCUACAUUUUGUAUUUAUGGUUGAAAAAUGAAAUAUAGAUUUUACAAGUCUGAAAUAUGUUAACAGGUAGUUGCUUCUACCUGUUUGAAUUGGUCCAUGUGUACAUUUUUUCUUCACUUACAUUUGAAGUUAGGCAGAACAGGAAACCAUGUGGAAAGAAACAUGAAAACACAUAGACUGAAAGCUCUCUGGUAUAACGACAUGUAGCCAGGUGGAAAUAGCAGGGAUAGAGAGUAAACCUGCCAUGAUUUUCCCUUCCACUGGACUGCCAUGGAUACUAUCUUCCAUGAACUAGUAGUUUACAUGAAAUUUUGACCAAAUAUGGACUAAAAGCUAUGAAAUGUAUGGUACUGACUGAUUGAUUGUAUGUAGAACUGACUAUCUUCUCAUCCAUAUUCACCUUGGCCACCACUGUUGAAAUACAUUCCCCCCCCCCACCAACGUGUUGAGAUAAACUAAAAGAGCAUGAAGUGUGUACCCAACCUGCUUGUCUGAUGCUAACCCAUUGCUUGCUAACAUCGUUGAACCCAGUUACUGAACUUUUUUCUUCCUUUUAUUAUUCACAAGGGGGUUACACCAUGGCUUAUUGCCAAAAAGAGAUAAGUUCGUGGAGCAAGAACAACAAAAGGUCUUAUAUUUUGAGGGCGCUGCAGUCCUGACUGCAGAGUGACAGCAUCCAGUUUUGUGGGGUCCCAUAGGCCACCUUGAUUUUAAAAAAUACAAGGUACCAUGCCUGCUGCCCACCAACGAUUUUCCUUGUACCACUCCUAGCAGUGAAGAUGUGUAAGGUGGACAAGUUCAACAUCAUGUGCUGUUUCUUAUGUGACUGAGUAAGGAAGAGGUUUACAAAAGCAAACACCCAGAGGAAAACAAACUAGUUUUUAAUUUAAAAAAAUUUCACAACUGAAAAUAUGGGUGUUUGGGAAAGAUGACAGAGAUGGCCAGUGGUUUGUCUGAAGCUGAAGAUAUUUGAAUCAACAAAUCUUCUCUUUGAGGAAUGAGACAACUGGUAAUUACCAUUUGACAAAAUUGAGUUGCUAAAGAAAGAACAUGCCUUGAAGAAGAGAAGUGAAAAUCCUAUACUCUCCUACAGAGUAAAAUGGCCAAGCUCAUCUGGAUAGUCCAUGUCUCAAUGUGACUUGACAGUGUAUUUUUGGAAAAACAAUCCAUGUUUAAUAUUUUCUGCAGAGUUUUGAAAACUGACAAUAUUUUAAUUUCUUUUGUAUUUUUUUCUUUUGAUCAUCAUUUUUCCUUUGUACACUUGUCCCCCUCCCAAAUAUUUUUGUUUCUAUUUUCUUUUACAUUUAUUGUGACCAAUUUUUAAGCACUAGAAGUUCUUCAAAUCAUGUGAGUCCAUUUCUAAAAACAUUACUUUUUUAAAAACCUUUAAAUAUUCUCAUACUCAAAAAACAGACACUCUCUCCUCUCCAGCACUAUAAUACUGUUGCCUGUCGUAUCUAUCUAUCCUAUUGAGGACAGCUGGAAAGAAAAGAAGGAGAAGGAGAAGAACAAAAGCAAGAAGAAAAAAAAAGAGGCACAGAUUCUUCACUAUUAAAUAUUAAGCAUCCAAGUGACUCAUUUUUAUAAUUUCAGUGCUUUCCUGUUGACU